CGAUGGGGGCGGCGCGGCCGCAGUGAGCCCGGCGGGGAGCGGGCACGGAGCGGGCACGGAGCGGGGCCGAUGGCGUUCAGCGCCUGGCAGAUCCUCUCGCCGGUGCAGUGGGCCCGCUGGACAUGGUCUGCGGUGCGGGGCGGGGGCAGCCCCGAGGAGGAGGGCGACGGGGCUGCUGGCGAGGAGGAGGAUGAUGAUGAUGAGGAGCAGGACCCGCCGGCGGGGGGCUCGGCCCUUGGCUUCAGCUCGGACUCCACUGAUAAUUUUGAGACCCCUGAAGCACAAACGCCGGCCUGCUCGCCCCUCGAGGAGUUCUGUGAGCCCCCGGGAUCGCCAGAGCCUGGGGCUAGGAGCCAAGAGCCAGGUGGCCAUGGUGACCUGCUGGUAGGAGAAGCCCACUGGGACAGCUCGCCUGGGAAGCGCCCCAAAGAUGAGGCCCAGCCAGAGAUUGGAGCCCCUACAGCCAGUUUGGAUGCUAAAGGGGAAACUGAGCCCGACAACUCACCCCUGAUGCAGCCCUUGGGCUGCCAGGCUGACCCUGGGCACUCUGCUGGGGAGCCUGUGCCCCACGUGGGCACUGCCACCAUGCCAGCAGGGGACACUGGCAUGGGGCUGCUGGAGCUGAGGGCUGAUGCCCUGGGCCAGGAGCAGCUCGGGAAAGGGAAAACACCUUCACUGGGCAGGAAAACAGAUGAAGGCACAGAGGAGACCCCGCUUGAGCAGCACGAGAGGAGUGUGAGCCCCUGCCAGCUGCAGAGCUCCGCCCCAGCAGCCCCACAAAGCCUCCCCCAUCCUGGUGAGCUGGGGGGAGACCCGGCUCUGGAUGCCCCAGGGCAGCUCCUGAAACCUGGGGCUGAUUCUGCAGAGAGUGUGGAGGCCAAGCCAGCUUCACCCAGGAGGGGCAGCAGGAUCCCAGCCAGCAAGCUGACACCCAGGAGACACAGAGAGUCCCCCAAGAGAGCGGCUGAGGAUGCAGAGAGGGGUCCCACAGAGCCACCCCCAGCCCGGGGCUCCUCCCAGCUGGCUCCCAGCCUCAGCUCUCUCAGUGGCAGCUCAGCACUGCAAAACUCACCAGUUCUCCCCAAGGGCUCUUACCAGUUUGACCCCAGUAACUUUGACUCCGUGGAUCCAUUCAAGCCCACCAAGACUCUUGCCAGCCGUGACCCUGACUCGUGCUCCACUGCAGACAACAGCCUCAAUGAAAUCCUGGAGUCUCAGACCCUGGAGCUGCAGGAUGAUGCCCUGAAAGGCAGAGACUCCCCCAAGAAGCCCAAGUCACGCCUGAUAACGACUACUGAGCAAGUGAAAUUUCUCUGUUUUCUGUUGAGUGGAUGCAAGGUGAAGCAGCACGAGGCGCAGCAGCCCCUGGUCCUGGACAUCAGUGCUCAGGAUGAAGGAGUGUUGAUCUCGGAGCUCCCAGACGUUACAAACCGGGAUGGCCGUGCCACCGAUGAGGAGAAGUUGGCCUCCACCACCUCCACGCAGAAACCAGCGGGGCUGGAGAAGAAGGCCGAGGCAGAAGAUGACCUGGAGUACUUUGAGUGUUCCAACGUGCCUGUGUCCUCAGGGAAGCACAGACCAGAGGCAGGUUUUGAAAAGGAGCUCUGCAAGCAGAUGGAAAAGGGAGGGCCUGGCAUCUUCCCCGACAAUCCCGGGCUGUGCUCCAUGGACAAGUGUCCCAGCGUGAGCAGCAGUGACAGCGCCCUGGCUGGCAUCUGCCUCAGCGAGUCCGAGAAGGCAGCGGUGCUCACGCUCAUCAGAGAGGAGAUCAUCGCCAAGGAGAUCGAGUCCAACGAGUGGAGGAAGAAAUACGAGGAGAGCCGGCAGGAGGUGCUGGAGAUGAGGAAAAUCGUGGCAGAGUAUGAGAAGACCAUUGCCCAGAUGAUAGAGGAUGAGCAGAGGACCAACAUGACAUCUCAGAAGAACCUGCAGCAGCUCACCAUGGAGAAGGAGCAGGCCCUGGCAGACCUGAACUCAGUGGAGAGGUCCCUGUCGGAUCUGUUCAGGAGAUAUGAAAACCUGAAGGGCGUCCUGGAAGGAUUUAAGAAGAAUGAAGAAGCUCUGAAGAAAUGUGCUCAGGAUUACCUGACCCGUGUCAAGCAGGAGGAGCAGCGCUAUCAGGCCCUGAAAGUCCACGCAGAAGAAAAAUUAGACAAAGCCAACGAGGAGAUCGCCCAGGUGCGCGCCAAGGCCAAGGCGGAGAGCGCGGCGCUGCAUGCGGCGCUGCGCAAGGAGCAGAUGAAGGUGGAGUCCCUGGAGAGAACCCUGCAGCAGAAGAACCAGGAGAUCGAGGAGCUGACCAAGAUCUGCGACGAGCUGAUAGCGAAACUGGGAAAGUCAGACUGAGCCUCAGCACCCCCUCCUCGCCCAGCACUCUGCACUUGGCUGCUUCUCUCGUGACCUUGAGCACCUUGCCUUACCCUGGAGUCCCUGCAGGGAAGCUCCCGUGUCCAGCUGCCCCUUGGCUGCCAGACCUGUGGCUCCUGAGCAGGGCUGCUCCCUUCUCUGUGUCUGUCUGCUUCCCACAGCUCCAGGCUGGGAUCCCUGCAGUCAGCUUGGGAAUCAUCCUGGGCUCAGCUUGGGAAUCCUGGGUUUAGUCUGGGAAUCAUCCUGAGCUCAGGCUUGGAAUCCUGGGUUUAGUCUGGGAAUCAUCCUGGGCUCAGCUUGGAAAUCCUGGGUUUAGCCUGGGAAUCAUCCUGAGCUCAGCUUGGAAUCAUCCUCAGCUGAGUCUGGGAAUCUUCCUGUGCUCAGCUUGGGAAUGAUCCUGGUCUCAGCCUGGGCCUGUGUGUCCCUCUCUGGGCCUGUGUGUCCCUCCCAGGGCGUGCUGCCCUGUCCCUCUGCACCUCUCAGGUGGGAGGUGACCCCCUGGGCUCUGUCCCCCGUGGCUGGGCUGUGUCCCCGCUGCCCUCUCUGUCCCUGAUUGUCCCCAUGGGCUCAGCAGAACAGGUCCAGCCUCUGGUGGGUCCUGCCCUGGCUGGUGUCUGGUUGGUGGGUGAAGCACAGCACAGCCUCGCCCUGCCCCUGGCUGUGGCAGCCUCAGAGGAAGGGAGCUGACAUCUCUGCAUUCGUGCACUUUAUGAGCAUUUAUGGGCGCUUGGGGCUCUCUGCUCACUCCUUCCAGUCAGGCAGGACUUGUUCCCCCCCAGAGCAGUCACGCAGCCUGCAGUACCCUCAGGUGAGGGGAGGCAGGUUUCUGCACCAAGAGCUGUUUGAGAAGCAAACAGAUGCUUCUCAAAUGGAGAUGUUGGUUCUGGAGGGCUGGGAGUGCCCAUCCAUCCUCCCUGUGCCCACCCUGGCCCCUGCAGGGCCCUGUCUGUGAUUCCUGUGCCAUGCUGAGAUCAGGGCUCCCUUUCAGAGGAAGGAGUUGAGCCCUGAUGUGCCUCUGGGUGCUGCAGGAUUCUCUGCCUUGAAUGGAUAGCUGUGAAAUAAGGGAAAUAUUUGCAGUUUGGACUGUUUUCCUGCCCAGCCUGUUGAACACUUUCACAAACCUUUUUGCUGCUACCUUUUUGUAACAGAAUUGAGCUCUUCUCCUUCUAUUUUCUAAUUCCCCGUGUCGAGCAUGCAGAGCAAACACCUGUUUAAGCCAGAGCCAUACACUUGAUUAUAUUUUAUUAGUUAUAUAAUAUAGAGAGAGUUUAUUCUACACUUAAGCAAAGGUGUCAGCAGCCUCCCCCAGCACACAGCUCCCCACCUCCAGUUCUCCACGUUCUUCCCCGUUCCCCAGUUAUCCCAGUGACAGACUGGUCAUGGAAACCAGUGGCUGACACCACUCAAAGCAGUGCACCUGUUGCUUGUGCUGGAUGUUCACCCUUGCACAGCUGGCAGAAAAGAAAAAACCCUUUUUAA